ACGAUUUGCAUAAGCUCACUCGCUUCAGAUUGUUCAUCCUGAUUAAAGGUAUUUUAUCAAGGUCGGAUAUCAAGUUAUCGUUUUGUAUUGGAGUGGAUAUUUGCAUUGAUUCUGCAACUUAUGUGCGUGUAAGGGAACCUACUAGUCGUAUUUUAGGUCUCUUCCUGAGGAUAUUUUGCUGGAAUGCUUUGAGCUCAUUGAUGAUUUCAAUUUUCAAGGCUCAUCAAGCAGGAUUGAGAGGUGAUAAGAUCAAUGUUGUUGUUAAGGUGCAACAUCCUGGAAUCCAGGAUCUUAUGAUGAUCGACAUCCGUAACUUGCAAGCAUUUGCACUAGACAUUCUGAAGAAUGAUAUCAAAUUUGAUAUAUUUUCCAUUACCAAGAAAAUGGAAAAACAAGUAUUUGUAUUGACACUGGUGUCAUUUGCACUAGACAUUCUGAAGAAUGAUAUCAAAUUUGAUAUAUUUUCCAUUACCAAGAAAAUGGAAAAACAAGUAUUUGUAUUCACACUGGUGUUCCUUGCAAAACAUAUCUAUCCUUCUUUUAUGUAUUUUUUAGAUUAUGUCAAUUGUGAGUAUCGUUCCACUUGGAUUUGGAUUUCUUUUUUCUUCUGCAUGUCGUUAAUUAUUUAUCCUUUGUGUUGUCAAUAUUAAAUAUGAGUUUGACUUUCUAAGAGAAGCCAAUGCUAUGGAGAGAAUUUGCUAUUUCUUAUACGAGAAUAACAUAAAGAA